GCGUUUCAAGUCCGAUGAGGACAUGACGUCACGACCUUCUCAUUGACCAUUUUGACCCUAAGCAACGGCCGAGACUCCAAUAGGCGAAUUCCUCGCUCCACGCCGCAAAUUUUAUUUUUUGCUUCCGAUAAAGAAUUAAAGCAGAAAAAGGGGCUAAAAAUGGCUGCAUUAACCGCUCUGACAAAAUCGCUCGGCUAUCACUGCGCCAAAAGAUCUAAAAUUUCGACCUUUUCUCAAAACUUCCCUUCGCAUAACCCUCGGUUUCAAACAUUAAGGACUCUGAUUUUAGAACCCUCUUUAUCCGAAUCUGUCAAGCUCAACCGUCUCUCCGACUAUGAUUCCGGAAUCGUUGAGGUCAAUUUGGACCGGCCUGAAGCAAAAAAUGCAAUUGGGAAAGAAAUGUUGAGUGGCUUACGCCAUGCCUUCGAAGCUGUCGAUCGAGAUUCCUCAGCUCGUGUAGUUAUGAUCUCUAGCUCUGUUCCCAAGGUUUUCUGCGCUGGCGCUGAUUUAAAGGAACGGAAGAAGAUGACUGCUGCUGAGGUUCACUCUUUUGUCAACUACUUACGAUCCACUUUCUCGUUAAUAGAGGAACUUCAAAUUCCUACUAUUGCUGUUAUCGAAGGUGCUGCAUUGGGUGGAGGACUUGAAAUGGCUUUGUCAUGUGAUCUUAGGAUCUGUGGGGAAAAUGCAUUAUUGGGUUUGCCAGAAACAGGACUUGCCAUAAUACCCGGUGCAGGUGGGACUCAAAGACUUCCUAGGUUGGUUGGAAAAUCAAUAGCAAAGGACAUUAUUUUUACUGGUCGAAGAAUGGGUGGCAGGGAUGCAAUGUCCAUGGGUCUUGUUAAUUACUGUGUUCCUGCUGGUGAAGCUCAUCCCAAAGCUUUAGAAAUUGCUCGGGAAAUUAAUCAGAAGGGUCCGAUAGCAAUAAGGAUGGCAAAAAGGGCUAUAAACGAGGGGAUUGACAGAGAGAUGGUUUCAGCUUUGGAUUUAGAAGAAGAAUGCUACGAACAGACUUUGAAUACAAAGGAUCGCUUGGAAGGCUUAGCAGCAUUUGCUGAAAAGCGAAAGCCAAUAUAUACCGGGGAAUAAGAAAGACCCAGACUGUUACUAAAAAAAUGGCUUCUUCAUAAGUUUGUUUACUGAUAACAGUUCUCACUUUGUUCUAAAUUUGGACCUUUGAGAAGUCUUUAUGACAGAAAUAAUAAUUUAUAUCAACCUUGAAUGCCAAAAUCAUUUCUAUGGUGGUUUGAAUUUUA